AUGGCGAUAAGUUUGUUGCAAGAAAAACGGCGUUUGGAAAAACAACGUUUGAAAAAACGGCGUUUGGAAAAACGACGUUUGAAAAAACGGCGUUUGGAAAAGCAGCGUUUGAAGAAACAGCGUUUGGAGGAACAAGAAAAACGGGGUUUGGAAUACUGGCGUUUGGAAGAACAGCGUUUGGAGGAACAGCGUCUGUGCAUAAGUUCGGUGCAAGAAAAACGGGGUUUGGAAUACUGGCGUUUGGAAGAACAGCAUUUGGAGGUACAGAUCCGUGCAUAA